AUGUCUGUUCAAAAUUAUACUACUUUAGGUGAAUCCGGCCUCAACAUUUCCAAAAUUAUCGUUGGAUGCAUGUCCUUUGGGUCUUCUCGGUGGAUGGAUUGGGUAAUUGAAGAUGAAGACAAAGUCAUGGAGAUUUUAUACAAGUGUUAUCAAUCAGGUCUCACAACAUUUGACACUGCUGAUAUGUAUUCCAAUGGCCUUUCUGAAAAAUUGCUAGGAAAAUUUAUCAAGAAAUAUGAUAUCCCAAGAGGAGAAAUUGUCAUCUUAACAAAAUGUUUCUUUCCAGUUAAUCCAGAAGACUUAUCACUGUUAGCAAACACAGCCAAUGGAAUUUUCCAUUUGAACACUGGAGGAUUGUCACGAAAACAUAUUCUUCAAGCAGCCAGAGCCUCUGUUGAAAGAUUGGGAACAUACAUUGAUGUUUUACAAAUUCAUAGACUUGACAAAACUCCUAGACGUGAAAUCAUGAAAGCUUUAAAUGACGUAGUGGAUGAAGGAUUGGCUCGCUAUAUUGGUGCUUCAGCAAUGAAGGCUUUUGAAUUUGUGGAGUUGCAAGCACUUGCCGAGAGUAAUAGCUGGCAUAAGUUUAUUUCAAUGCAAAAUUAUUACAACUUAUUAUAUAGGGAGCAGGAAAGGGAAAUGAUUCCAUUUUGUCAAAACAAUACUACCCUUGGGAAAGUUACUUGCAUUCCUUAUUCUCCUUUAGCUCGUGGUCUCUUAGGAAAACCAGUGGAUUCAGAGAAAUCCUUGAGAACUAGAACCAGUAGUGAUAAAAUGAUUAAGAAAAUGUAUCACACAGAAGGAGAAGGUGUUGAUAUUGAAAUCAUCAAUCGCGUAGAGGAAAUUGCUAAAAAGAGAGGUGUCUCUAUGGCUAAUGUCUCUAUUGCUUGGGUCCUAUCAAAGGGUUGUUGCCCAAUCAUUGGAUUUAACUCUGUUGAAAGAGUGGAAGAUGCUGUCUAUUCAUUUGGUUUAGAAUUAACCAAAGAAGAAAUCGAGUAUUUAGAAGAGCCUUAUGUUCCAAAACCUUCUGUUACUUAA